GGCCUUGACCGCUCAAAUCAAACCGCAGUUGCCCCGCAGAGCUCGCGGUACACGGACGUAGUGAUAUUUUAUUUUGGAACUGGGAUCGCGGUAUAUUUUAAAAAAUGGCACCAAUUGACCCGAGCAAGACACCAAUCGUUUGGAUUCUGGGAGGUCCUGGAUCAGGCAAGGGCACGCAAUGCGAGAAAAUAAUCGCCAAGUAUGGAUUUACCCACCUCUCGACAGGCGAUCUCCUCCGCGCCGAAGUGAAGAGCGGUUCCGAGAGAGCGAAGUGCCUCUCUGCCAUCAUGGAAAGGGGUGAGCUGGUCCCCAAUGAUCUCGUUCUGGACCUGCUGAAGGAAGCAAUGUUGGCGAAAACCGAUGAAGCCAAAGGUUUCUUAAUCGAUGGCUACCCGCGCGAGAAGUCACAAGGAAUCGCCUUUGAGAAGACCAUCGCGCCAGUUACUGUGAUAAUCUACUUCGAGGCGUCGUCCGAGACGCUGACGAAGCGCCUGCUGGGCCGCGCCGCCAGCUCGGGGCGCGCCGACGACAACGAGGAGACCAUCAAGCUGCGCCUCAAGACCUUCCUCGACAACAACGACCAGGUCCUGGCGCAGUACCCCGACAAACUUAAAAGGAUAAACGCGGAGGACAGCGUCGACGCAAUCUUCAGCCAAGUCGUGCAGAUCCUGGACCCGCUGGUCAAGUGAUAGCUCUUAGAUAAAUUGUAUAUAAAAAAACUAAUUAAUUUUACGGCCUGUUGAUCAAUUAUACUUUUAUUUGUUUAUUUAUU